AUGACUUCCAACCCCUUUCCCGUGGUGGACAUACACACGCACAUGUACCCGCCAGAGUACGUGAAGAUCCUAGAAAACCGCUCGGAUAUUCCUUUGAUCAGGCGGUUCGCCGGUGCCAAAGACCCGCGGUAUAUCAUCCUGCCUGCCGAGGCCGAGUCGCUGGACAAGGCCGGGGAGGAUGGCGCACCGCUGCCCGGCCGGCCGGUGACAAGCCACUACUCUUCGCUGCAGCAGAAAAUCCACUUCAUGGACACGCACAGGAUCGACAUCUCGGUCAUCUCCCUCGCCAACCCCUGGCUUGACUUCGUUGCCACCUCCGAGGCUGCCUCGACAGCUGUGAGCGUUAACGAGGAGUUCGAGAGCAUGUGCGCCUCGCAGCCGGGACGGCUGUACUUCUUCGCAACGCUGCCGCUGACGGCACCUCAAGGAGAGCUCCUAUCCGCCAUAGAUUUCGUCAAGGGGCUCAAGCACUGCCGGGGCGUGAUCCUGGGGACUUCGGGGCUGGGCAAGGGCCUCGACGACCCAGAGCUGAUCCCGGUGUUCAAGGCGCUGGCAAAGAAUGGGUUGACGAUCUUCCUGCACCCGCACUACGGUCUGCCAAGCGAGGUCUGGGGCCCGCGGGCUACGGCCGAGUACGGUCAUGUUCUGCCCCUGGCUCUUGGGUUCCCUCUCGAGACCACCAUUGCCGUGGCACGGAUGUACCUUGCGGGAGUGUUCGACGAGGUGCCAGAUCUUCGGAUGCUGCUCGCGCACAGUGGUGGCACACUGCCGUUUCUCGCGGGACGUAUUGAGAGCUGCAUCGUACACGAUGGCCACCUGGUGCGGGAGGGCAAGGUCGGCUCCGGCCGACGUACAGUGUGGCAGGUACUGAAGGAGCAGAUCUACCUCGAUGCGGUGAUCUAUUCAGAGGUCGGACUCAAGGCCGCCAUUGACGCCAGCGGUGUCGACAGGUUGAUGUUUGGUACUGAUCACCCCUUCUUCCCGCCCCUGACGAGCGACGAGCAGGGAGAAUGGGAGAGCAUGACGUGGAAUAAGACAGCCGUUGAAAAGGCGCUCGGCGAGGGGAGUGAAGGCACCAAGGCUGUGAUGGGGGGCAACGCGGUUAAGAUAUUGCGAUUGAGUGAGGACGCAUAA